GCCGGUGGUAGCGGUGGCGGUAGAGACUAGGAUCUUGCAGUUCGCGGCGGCGCUGGGGCGCAGCCAGGCGGCCGUGCCGGUAGAGACCCAAGGCUAAGCUCUGAGCCAGACUUGCGCACAGCUUUACCCGCCCCCAACCCCCUAGGAGCGAACCCCACGCGCCCCUUGGGUGUCCCCAGGGUCGAAUCGAACCCCCACGCGUGCCCUUCCAUCUCCUUGGGUGACUACAGCGUGUGUUUUGUUUUUCUUCCUUCUUCCCCUUCCCGUGUGCCCUUCUCCAGGAUGGCAGAAGCAGAAUUGCACAAGGAGAGGCUGCAAGCCAUAGCAGAAAAAAGAAAGAGGCAGACGGAAAUAGAAGGAAAGAGAAGACAACUUGACGAACAGGUACUGCUGCUCCAGCAUUCCAAGUCCAAAGUGCUUCGGGAAAAAUGGCUGCUGCAGGGUGUGCCGGCAGGAACAGCAGAGGAGGAGGAAGCCAGGCGCCGGCAGUCUGAGGAAGAUGAGUUUACAGUCAAGCAGCUCGAAGAAAACAUUCAGAGGCUGGAGCAGGAAAUACGAGUGCUUGAAAGUGAAGAGUCCCAGAUCUCUGCCAAAGAGCAGAUCAUCCUUGAGAAACUGAAGGAGACAGAGAAAUCCUUCAAGGACUUGCAGAAGGGUUUCUCCACUGCAGAUGGAGCUAUAUACGCCAUGGAAAUUAAUGUGGAGAAAGACAAACAAACAGGAGAGACCAAGAUUCUCUCUGCAUCCACCAUUGGCCCAGAGGGGGUCCAUCAGAGAGGAGUCAAAGUCUAUGACGAUGGUACCAAAGUAGUGUAUGAGGUGCACUCAGGAGGCACCGUGGUAGAAAACGGAGUCCACAAAUUAAGUGCAAAGGAUGUGGAAGAGCUAAUUCAGAAGGCUGGACAAUCAAGCUUCAGAGGACACAUGUCAGAAAGGACUCUUGUUGCAGACGGGAGCCUGGGCCAUCCCAAGGAACACAUGCUCUGCAAAGAAGCCAAGUUAGAAAUGGUGCAAAAGUCCAGGAAAGAUCGCUCUUUGGGAAACCCCGGGCAGCAGGCCCAGCCCGCCAGCACAGAAGGGCCAGAGGCAAACCUGGACCAACCUGUCACCAUGAUUUUUAUGGGCUACCAAAACAUCGAGGAUGAAGAGGAGACUAAAAAGGUGCUAGGCUAUGACGAAACCAUCAAGGCCGAAUUAGUCCUGAUCGAUGAAGACGAUGAGAAGUCGCUAAGAGAGAAGACGGUGACGGACGUGUCCACAAUCGAUGGGAACGCAGCUGAGCUGGUGUCCGGAAGACCCGUGUCAGACACCACAGAACCCUCAUCCCCAGAAGGCAAGGAAGAGAGCCUGCCCACAGACCCGGCCCCAGCAUCUGGGUGGUCCAGUGCACUGCUACAGGGGGAGGAGGUAACUGCGGAUGCCAUAGAAACCGACGCAGACAUGGCCAUCCAGAAGCCUCCCCAGCUUUCUGAGGAUGCUAGCCAUCUGAGAAGCAAGCAAGACAAGUGUGGUGACAGUCGUCCGGAGCCUGCUGACAGCUCUCUCUCUCCGGAUCAUAAAAACAUGGAAAUUGGGGUAUCCGUGGCAGAAUGUAAAAGCGUACCUGGAAUCACCUCUGCUCCCCAUUCCAAGGAACGCUCCUCCCCUUUCUAUUCACCCUCACACAAUGGCCUCCUCGCUGAUCACCACGAGUCCUUAGAUAAUGAUGUCGCCAGAGAGAUCCGGUAUCUAGAUGAGGUGCUGGAGGCCAACUGCUGUGAUUCUUCUGCGGAUGGAACUUACAACGGAAUCUCCUCCCCAGAGCCUGGUGCAGCUGUACUGGCGAGCAGCCUAGGCUCACCUGCCCACACAGCCACCCAGGCAGAACCCACUGAGAAAGCAUCUGGCAGGCUGGUGCCUCCUCACACUGAGCUCAGUAGGAGCCCCUCUGACACCAUGGCUGAAGGAGAGAGAACCAAUGGACACUCCACUGGCCAAUCCCACGACAUGCUCGGGGACAGCCUGCAGGCACCCGCCAGCCCCAGUUCCUCUACCAGCUCCCAUUGCUCCUCCCGAGAUGGAGAGUUCACACUCACCACACUGAAGAAGGAGGCCAAGUUCGAGCUUCGUGCCUUCCACGAGGACAAGAAGCCCUCUAAGCUCUUUGAGGAGGAUGAGCGGGAGAAGGAACAAUUCUGCAUCCGGAAAGUGAGGCCCUCGGAGGAGAUGCUUGAGCUGGAGAAGGAGCGGAGGGAGCUCAUUCGGAGUCAGGCUGUGAAGAAGAACCCCGGCAUUGCCGCCAAGUGGUGGAAUCCCCCCCAGGAAAAGACUAUCGAGGAACAGCUGGACGAGGAACAUCUGGAGUCGCACAGAAAGUAUAAGGAGCGCAAAGAGAGGAGGGCACAGCAGGAACAGCUACAGUUGCAGCAGCAACAGCAGCAGCAGCAGCAGCAACAACUACAGCAGCAGCAGCAGCAACAGCAGCAGCAGUUCCCGCCCCAGCUCUGCACAGCUCCAGCUUCUUCUCAUGAACACCUAGACGGCACUGAGCACACCAAGGAGGAUGUCGUCACCGAGCAAAUUGACUUCUCCGCUGCCCGCAAGCAGUUCCAGCAGAUGGAGAAUCCCAGGCAAACAUUGGCCAAGGGCCAGAGCACACCAAGGCUGUUCUCCAUCAAGCCUUUCUACAGACCUCUUGGAUCCAUCAACUCGGACAAGCCGCCGACCAUCUUGCGGCCAGCUACUAUCGGGGGAACUCCAGAAGACAGUGGUACACAGGCAGCCAAGGGACAGAAAGCGCCCUGUGUGUCUGAGAGCCAGUCUGCUGGAGCAGGUGCAACUAGCACUAACACUCAGGGAAAGGAAGGGUUGUACAGUGAGCCUUCCAAGCGUGGGCCCUUAUCUAAACUGUGGGCAGAGGAUGGAGAGUUCACGAGUGCCCGGGCUGUCCUUACGGUAGUCAAGGAUGAAGAUCACGGAAUUUUGGAUCAGUUUUCCAGAUCGGUCAAUGUGUCCUUGACCCAAGAGGAGCUGGAUUCGGGUUUGGAUGAGUUGUCAGUGAGGUCUCAGGACACCACUGUCCUGGAGACUCUGUCCAAUGACUUCAGUAUGGACAACAUUAGUGACAGUGGGGCUUCCAACGAGACACCCAGUGCCCUUCAGGAAAACUCGCUGGCUGAUUUCUCUCUGCCUCAGACUCCCCAGACAGACAACCCCUCAGAGGGCCGAGAAGGGGUCUCCAAGUCAUUCAGCGACCAUGGUUUCUAUUCUCCUUCCUCCACACUGGGAGAUUCCCCAUCUGUUGAUGACCCCUUGGAAUAUCAGGCUGGGCUCCUGGUGCAGAGUGUUAUUCAACAAGCCAUUGCUGAGCAGGUGGAUAAAGCUGAGCCACACAGCAGCAAGCAGGGACCAGAACAGCAGGGACCUAAAGCAACAACGGAGGAAGCUGGAAGCCAGGCUCCUGCCUCCGAGAAGCCCCAGGCCAUGUUUGCACCACCUCAGGUGUCUUCUCCUGUUCAAGAGAAAAGGGAUGUAUUACCAAAGAUCCUCCCUGCGGAGGACAGGGCACUCAGGGAAAAGGGGCCCUGCCAACCACCGACAGCUGCGCAGCCCAGCGGUCCAGUCAACAUGGAGGAGACCAGGCCUGAAGGAGGCUAUUUCAGCAAGUACUCAGAGGCAGCCGAGCUGAGAAGCACAGCCUCCCUCCUGGCUACUCAAGAGUCUGACGUCAUGGUUGGGCCCUUCAAACUGAGGUCAAGGAAGCAGCGGACUUUGUCCAUGAUUGAAGAAGAGAUCCGAGCAGCCCAAGAAAGGGAAGAGGAGUUGAAACGGCAGAGACAAGUGGCGCAGAGCACCCCAAGCCCCAGGGCCAAGAACACCCCAUCGCUGCCUUCUAGAACCACCUGCUACAAAACUGCUCCAGGGAAAAUAGAGAAAGUCAAACCUCCUCCAUCCCCCACAACUGAAAGUCCCAGCCUGCAGCCUGAUUUAGGCCCUGAAGAGGCUGCCGGAGCCCAGCGGCCCAAGAACCUGAUGCAGACUCUCCUGGAAGACUAUGAGACACACAAGUCUAAAAGGCGGGAGAGAAUGGAUGAUAGUAGUUACACCUCUAAGUUACUGUCUUGCAAGGUGACUUCCGAGGUCCUGGAGGCCACUCGGGUUAAUCGAAGAAAGAGUGCCCUCGCCUUGCGCUGGGAGGCGGGGAUUUAUGCCAACCAAGAGGAGGAGGACAAUGAAUAAACUUCUUUCAGCCCAGGAAAUGCCUUUGCUGAAGGAGUUUCAGCAAAGAAACCAAGAAAUUAUCAAGUCGGAAGCAUUUUAAUGGACUAUUUAUUAAAGUGCAUAAAACUCAACGAUCCUCAUGUAGACCAGAAGCUGCAAUACACAAUGAUUUAAAAGAAGAACAGCGAAUUGAACAGGAAGUUCACCCAUCAAACUCUGAGACCACGGUCAGAAGAGAAAGACUGUCUUUGUGACUCAGAGAAGCCCCUGGCUUUGGACCAUUCUACCACUCAUCCAAAGGGACACAGAUGUGACAAAUGAGUUGACGUAGUUACUGCAGGCAGAACCGAAGCCAGCCUUGGUUGGGUUGUGAGGAGGAGCAAACACUGGCACGGCCAUUCCAAGGCAACCAACAGCCUAGGCUGGUGGUACAGCCUACGGCAUACAGACUAUCCCUCACUACCAGCCUCCCACCCCUUUCUCGCUUGAGAUAUCAGAAGUGUUGGGUUGACUCCAUUUUCUCCAGCAGCCAUAAAAACGAAUGGUGUUUCUUUCCAUAGUUGCCCAAAAAGAGGCAGUAAUGAUUCAGUCUCUCUUAUGUGUAAUCAUUUUUAAUUGGGUACACUUAAUGGUCACAAUACAUAAAAACCGUAUUUUUAAGAUAAUAUCUCUUCAUGUUGCAGAUGCAAUCUAUUCUACAGUAGGAGGUUGAGCGUGGUGGGGGAGAGAGCCAAACCAAAUGGGUUAUUAGCUUUAGAACUUUGUCUGCUUUUACUGUUGACUGAUAGCUUAGGAAAACACAUUUUCACAGUUAUGUUUCUUCAUAGAAAACUAUAUUUAGUGGGCAAUGACUAUUUUUAUGAGGGGACGGGGGAUAGGAACACGGAUAAAACCUGUGCACAUUGAACAGCUUGGUUCAAGAUGGUAGGCGUAUUUUUAGAACGGCAAUAAUUGAAAAUAAAAGGGGGGCAGACUGCCUUAGAAAGGGAGAUGAUCAGAAAUAAGUGUUUAUAACUAUUUUGUAUUUUAAAGUUGGCCUUAGAGGUGAUUGGGGCAUAGGAUGGAUUGCUUGGGACCUGAGAAAGACAACAUUAGAGUCAUGGAGGUAGGGAGAGGAAGGGGGUGGGAGGGAGAAAGAGGGAAAGUGAGGAAGGGAGAGAGAUUAUUUUUGCUGAACGACCAGUGUUUUUCAGGAUGACAAAGAGAAAAAUAUAGACUAGAAAUUUAAGUACAGACGUGG